AUGAACCUGUCGGGCCGAGCGUCGAGUGAUUCUGAAGCGCAUCAACCAUCAUUACCGACUCGCACUGAAACAACCGGAUAUACACCACCUGCUACUAACAUCCAUCAUGAAUCCAUAUCCUAUUUAUCUACUCCAUUGCUUCCUCCAUUAGAACCAAUAUCUCCACUUUUGUGUCCUAUUGUUUCCAUUCCUCAAUCGAAUAAAUCUACCAUUGCUACCACAGACAAUAAUCUUAAUAUAUACGAAUGCCAUAUUAAAUCCACUAUAUCGCAUAAACCAGAAUCAGCAGUAGUUCCUCAAUCACUUCAAAGAUCCUUUUCUGAACCAUUGAUUGAUACGCACAUCACUUCAUCUUCAGUCUCUGUUGCCUCGAUGGAUUCAUAUCAAGCAUCAUUGCCCACCACUGUAGCACAUGUCAGUCACUCUUCUAAUAUAAAUACAUACCCAAUGCUUAGAUCACUUUCCGUAUCUCCUUACUCUCCACCAUUCAUCACACCGUUGAGAACCACUUCAAGCAGUACUAGUCUACAUACAUUUCCCAUCCCAUUCACUGCUUCGCCAUUAAACAUACCAGAUCAGUCUCUAAUGCUACAGCAUCCCAAUCAGGCUUUACCCGAGUCACUACAAUCCCUUUUAGAAGUGGGUACUCGAAUGGUCAAAUAUCCCAACAAGGCAUCGUCUCGUCCAGAACUUCGUUUGAUUCGCGUCGAUUCCAUGCCAAUGCGUAUCACUUGGGAGUCGAAAAAAAAGACCGAGUCUACAGAGAUUCGGAUGGGUCAGAAUACCAAAGCAUUUGAUAUCCACGGAAAGCACCCGGAUAUGGACGAAAGAGCAUUUAGCAUCAUUUACAUGUCAAAGGGAAAAUACAAAUUUCUUAAUUUAAUUGCCCCUUCGCCCGAGAUAUGUGCUCUUUGGGUUACCGGACUUCAUAUUCGCAUGACCCAGUUUGGUCAUGAAAAUGGUAGUGAUGCAUCGAUUGCUCACUUGACAGACAUGUCGCAGUGGUUAAAGACACUCUGGUACGAGGCAGAUGUGUCUGGACUUGGUCAACUCAAUGUAGAUCAGAUUACCGCACUGAUGGAGCGUCUUAACUUUCGUCUUUCCAAAUCGGAAAUUAAAAGUACAUUUAGAGCCAACAUUCUUCGCACAGGAACAAUCACUUUUGAUGCAUUUGAAAAACUGUACAACAUUCUUCGGUUUCGACCGGAUAUCGCCGAAAUCUUUUUUCAAAUUGCAUUGCUGCAUCCGUCACAUAUCACCUUGGAAGAGUUUAGGCAGUUUCUUAUUAAUGUUCAAAAGGUUGACUGGAGUGCAGAACGGUGCUCCGAAACGUACUUACUAGGAGAUCAGCUCACUGGAGAGAGUUCAGUUGAAGGGUACAUUCGUGCUCUACAACGGGGAUGUCGCUGUAUUGAGUUGGAUUGUUGGGAUGGUCCGUCUGGGCAGCCGCUGAUCUAUCAUGGCCGUACUUUUACGUCGAGACUCUUGUUCAAAGAUGCCAUCGAGGCAAUAGCUAAAUACGCGUUUGUCACAUCUUCAUAUCCUCUAAUCCUUUCUCUUGAAAUCCAUUGUGCUGCAGAGCAACAACAAGUAAUGGUAAAAAUCCUUCAAAAUACGUUUGGCAGCUCGUUGCUACUGGCACCUGUUAGAAACGACUCUGUGUUACCCUCACCCAUUGAAUUGAUUCGUAAAAUAAUUAUCAAGGGGAAAACGGGGAAAACAGAUCAAGACAACGACGACACGUAUGAUCAAACCGAUGAUGAAACAAUAGACACUAGUGGAGGCUCAUCUUCCAUAGUCAACACUCCGCUAAUGAGUUCCAACCCUGGAUCUGGCCUUUCACACACUGCUAGUGUUUCAUCAUCUUCAAAUAUAAUUGUUUCUAAUAUACCCAUGAGUUCAACCUCUACACUACCACCUCAGAAUCAAUCUAGUCAAGAAUCCAAUACACUUUUGCUUAAUUCCAAAGACACCAGCAAUGUUACAAAAACCAAACCUAAAGUCAUCAUUACCAAAGCAUUGGAAGCAUUGAUCAUCUACUGCAAGGGUGUGAGUCUUCAUUCAGUUACUUUACCACAAAAUCCGUUAAAGUUUGACUGUAUGUAUUCAUUUAGUGAGCGAACAGCAAACGCUUUAUUACAGAAACAACGUGAUAGACUCGUGCAUAUAAACCAAUCACACCUAUCAAGAGUCUAUCCAUCUGUCAUCCGUAUCACAUCAUCCAACAUGGAUCCAGUGCCAUUGUGGAAAUGUGGGACGCAUAUGGUUGCAUUGAAUUUCCAGACAUUUGAUCGAGCAAUGCACCUAAACAGUGCAUUGUUUGAUGUGAAUGGACGCUGUGGGUAUGUGCUUAAACCUCAAUAUCUCUUAAAAGGCGGCUCUAUUUCGACGAGUACAGAUAAAGCUGUGGUUAUCAAUGAAAGAGAAAAGUACAAGACUGAUUUUACACGACCAGUUCAGUUGGAUAUUACUAUUAUAUCUGCGCAGCAGCGACCCAAAUCAAACGAUGCCAUCGCGACAGAUAGUAUCAGUUUGGUGGUUGAGAUUGAAGUGAUUGGUGGAGGAACUUUGUUUGGUACAACAGGAUCUGGUGUGCUAGAUGCUGAUCCAACAACCAAAUUCCGCACAUCUCCUGUAAAAUCCAAACUGUUUAAUCUAGUAUGGAAGCAACGUGCUUCGUUUCUGAUUCUCGACCCGUCAUUUACGUUUAUCAAGUUUGCUGUAUUGGAUGCAGAUACAAAGAUAUCAAAGUGUAUUGGCAUGUACUGUAUUUUUCUAUCCAGUUUAGAAAAAGGCUAUAGACACAUUCCGCUAAACAAUAUGCAAGGCGAGCGAUUAAGAUUUUCGACACUUUUUGUAUAUGUGGAUAUCCAACCAGUCGGACAUUGA